AUGGCUUCGCUCAUAUAUAUCCGAGCGUCGCCCUCGGCUUUGCCGACAGCCAGGCAUACAGUAUCGAGGAGAGCGCCGACCGCGCAAUCUCCCUUCUCCACCAGCACGCGAGCAUUGAAACAACCUACACCACCAUCCCGACGACCACAAGCAACACAACUACCCCACCGACCGCUCACCGCACCCACAGCCCUUGCUCUCCGCCAAGCUUCCACCUCCUCCACCCCCACGUCAACCACAACCCCCGAAGACGUCCUAACCUGGAACCGCUUCUUCGACCUCCGCCGCAAGCGCCGCUACCUCAACCUCGGGUCCUCCCUCAUCACCGCCGGCGCAACCAUAGGCGUCGCCGGUCCCAUAAUCGCACAACAAGACAUUGAUGGCUGGGCAGCCCAAAUAUCGGGUCUAGAUCCGAUAAUAGUGCUCGGAGCGACGACGUUCGCGGUCGCGGCGGGAGGCUGGCUGUGUGGGCCGAGUUUUGGAACGGCGUUGUUUAAGACGUGGGCGGGGAGGAAGGGGUGGAAUGGGGCGAUUGCUGAGAAGGAGAAGUCGUUCUUUGCGAGGAUCAGAAGGUAUAGGGCUGAUCCGGCGAGCUCGAGUCCGCAGAAUCCCAUUCCGGAUUACUAUGGAGAGAAGAUCGCGAGUGUGAAGGACUACAGGCGGUGGUUGAAGGAUCAGCGGGCGUUCAAUUUGAAGAAGAACAAGAACAUGCUAUGA